AUACCUCCAGGUCCAGGACCUUUCCCCGGGCUGCUGGACAUGUGGGGGGCCGGUGGAGGGCUGAUAGAGUACCGCUCGUCCCUGCUGGCGUCUCACGGUUACGCUUCUUUGGCGCUGGAGUAUUUCGCUGCCAGUGAGAUGGAGUCAGCGAACAUCGAGUUCAGCUACUUUGAGACGGCGUUCAGCAUCGUCAGGGACCAUCCUCAGGUGAUGGCGGACAGAGUUGGGAUUUUGGGUCUGUCUCUCGGCACGGCUGUGGCCAUCCUGUUAGCAGCUGAGAGCAGCGCCGUCAAGCCUCGCUGUUGUGUUUGUAUCAGCGGCAGCCACUUUUAUCCGCCUGGAGCGACACUCAAAGACAUCUUUCACAUCUUGGUCAGGAACGCUCCGAAGAUUCGCGUGGAUGAGGACAACUGUGAGAUCUGGCGAGACAUGGUUCUGCCCAUCACCGAGGAUUUCUCACUCAAAGUGGAC